AUGCCAUAUGGAAGGUUUGUUGUAUGGAGAUGGAAAACUUGCAAGGAAGCAAACUUGGAGCUUGAAAGUAAGGGUUUAUUUUGGUUGCAACAAAAACAGACGCGCAUUCUCAUCCUCAAAGAGCCAGUCAAAUGCAAUUACGAAAAAAUCACCACUCUUUCUAAGGCAACCAAUUUCGCACAGCCCCUUCUGGGGUCUUCUCUUCUCAAGUUCUCAUGCUACCUUGAUGGGAAGGGUAGGAAGAGACACAAGAAAAAGGUUUUGAACAAAGAACUCAAUAACUGA